AUGGAUACGUCAACUACGUCGCCAACCACGAGCUCUCUCUCAGUAACCUCCUCAACUGACACUACUGUCACCGAGGUCCCGCUUCUCCCUGGAAUCUGGGAGAACGAAGGCCUUGAUGCUGUUCAAUUCUAUACUUCGGCGCUCAUUCUGCAAAAGCUACAGCCUCAACAGCAGAUUUUCGAGCAGCUUCCCACGUUCCGAGCACCAAAUGGCCCAAGAAGAUCUGGGCAAAUUGUCGAAAACCUGCUUGACGCCAUAGCACGGAUCUUUGCAGGUCGAGGGGGUGGGCGUGUGGUCGCCGCCGCCAUCAAAGACCGAGGAAACGAAGGUCUCCAGAUCAUACUCACCCAGAAUGCUGGGUUCAGGUCGUCAGGCCGGGCUUUCACGAAACAAGUAGAAGGCUGGAUGGAGAAGCAUGCUCAAUCCUCCUGGUCCAACAUGCCUUCGGACAUGUUGGUACAUCAAUUGAGACCCACCUACGAGAACCCGUUGUGGAGCGGAGCGGCGUGGUUCCGCAUGCAACCCUCUCACAAGAAAGUAUACGCGUACUGGGCCGAGCCAACAUUACAUGGCGAAUCACAGAUGGCUCUUGCAUUGACACUAAAACUGCUUCAAGACCACAUAACGACUGCCAUCUUCAAGAAUGACAUUGAGAUAUUUGCAGAUGCACAGCCAGAUACACCUAGCUAUCCACCGGGGGAGUUGCGCCUCCCACGGAAAGAGCUCAUAGGGCGCUCAGAGGAACUGACCAAAGCAUACAAUGACAUAGAGGUUAGGAUCAUGGGGAAUGACUGUCUGCCUGAGGAGACGGAGUAA